GCAUCUCCGACGAGGUGGGGGGUGGUCGAACAAAACAGUUCUCUCCCCACUCAGUCAGCUCCUGCACACUGCUUUGCGCACAGUGAAGCACAAACACAAACCCUUUGAUCACCCCACAUGUUAACCCCUUCCUGCCUAGUGCCAUUAGUACAUAAAACACACACAGUUAACCCUUUGAUUGCCCCAGAUGUUAACCCCUUCCUGCCCAAUGCCAUUAGUACAGUGUCAGUGAUUUUUAGUAGCACUGAUCACUGUGUACUGGUGUCACUGGGGAUGUCAGUGACACCAAGUCAGUUUCCCCCAGUGUUAGAAUGCCCCGCCGCAGUCCCG